ACACACCUUACAUCAAAAAAUCAAAUUAACUAGUUAUUUGCAAUAAACAUGUUGAACAUCAAUAAUACUAUGGUGAUGAUUGUCACUGCCAUUCUUGCUAUGUUUCUACUGUGUUCACCAUCAUCAGUAGCUGUAUUACUGAACAAGCUUCAGCUACCAGCACCACUGACAGGACCUGAGGCACUAGCAUUUGAUAGAAAUGGUGGAGGGCCUUAUGUUAGUUCUUCUGAUGGAAGAAUUUUCAAAUAUGUUGGUCCAAGUGAAGGCUUCAAGGAAUAUGCUUACACUACUCCCAACAGGAACAGAACAAUCUGUGAUGGACUAGCUGAUUUCUCAGUAGUUCAAGCAAUAUGUGGAAGGCCUUUAGGAUUGGGAUUCAAUCAUCAGACAGGCGAUUUGUAUGCAGCUGAUGCUUAUUUUGGACUUGUUAAGAUUGGUCCCAAUGGUGGUGGGAAUGUAACCCAAUUAACUGCACCUGCACAAGGCAAUUCUACUAGAUUUGCUGAUGGUUUGGAUGUAGACCCAGACACUGGAAUCGUUUAUUAUACCAUAGCUAGCACUACUUACCAGCUCAAAGAUUUCCAGAAAGUGGUAAGCAGUGGCAGUGCAGAUAAUUCAGGAAGCCUGUUGAGAUAUGAUCCAAGCACCAACCAAACAACAGUGUUGCUAAGCAAUCUUACAAUACCAUCUGGGGUGGCUGUAAGCAUAAAUGGCUCAUUUGUACUUGUUAGUGAAUAUCUAACAAAUAGAAUUCAGAGAGUGUGGUUAAAAGGACCAAGAGCAAAUUCAUCAGAAUUAUUCAUGCAACUUGCUGGAAGGCCAGAUAACAUCAAGAGGAAUUCAAGAGGCCAAUUUUGGAUUUCAGUGAAUAGUUUUUUUGGCUCACCAAGAUCUCCAGGAUGUUCUACUUUGCCUACAGGUGUUAGAGUGACUGAGAAUGGUUUAGUUUUACAAAUUGUAUCCCUUGCUGAAGAGUAUGGUGCCGAAGCAGCUAGUGAGGUUCAAGAGUACAAUGGAACACUCUAUGGUGGCUCUCUACUUGCUUCUUAUGCUACCAUUUUUACUCCCUAGGGUUUUUUCAUCACUGCUAUCUUUGUAUGGCUAUAAAAAAAAUAAUACAUGGGGUCUAAAUAAAGAAGAUUAUUGAUCCUAUUAUAUUGUCUUCUGAU